AUGGCCAUCUUUACAUCCGACGAAGGCGAAGGCGGCACGAUUGCUGAACGCAUCGCAGUUAUCGGCAUCAUCUGCUUCGCAUUCUCUUGGAUUCCAAUUUUCAUCAUCUGGAAGCUUAGUUCGACCUACCGAAGACGUUCCAGAAGCCAAGAACAAGAGCUAGAGGCCGGCAAUAUGCCGUUCCAAACGAACCCGUCAAAACCGAAGAGAAACUCCUGGAAGCCGCCUCCGCAGGUGCGACAGAGCAUCGAAUUGACCAGAAAUCCACAAGAACUACCUCCGACUGCUCAAGGACGAGACGGUCUCCAGAAAGAAUACCGUGGCAAGCGAAGGCCAAUGCCUACCCAGCCCACCGACCCCAAGAUCAGAAUGCUUUCUGACAACGACGACGCUGCAAUCGAGGUGCAACACAACAGAUCUGAGGAUCUGCAGCAUGAAUCAUCACGGUCUAGGCUAUUCGAGCAGCCAGCCCAGCCGCUUCGAGCCUCCUUGAGGCACCAAAGCCCGCCUGUCGACCACGACUCGGAUGAGUCGUUUGGCGCUCCCGGUCCAAGCUUUAGAGUGCCUCGCAACUAUCGACGGUCUGGUCAGGAUCCGCGGUAA